AUGUUGAAUUUUCCCACACCCAAGUUUCAGGUUUAUCCACAGGUGAUUCAUGCUGUAGAACAGGGUGUGCCAGUCAAUAGCACCGGCCUGCCCGGAUUCGGCCCCUGGCACGGCCGUCUAGAGGCUCAUGGCCUGCCGGAGUGGUUGAAUGUAAUCACGCUCCGUCCUCAGGAAAUGGAUAACAGAGGUAUUACUGCAGAAUCACUUUUAAGAAACUACAGACUUGGAAAGACACUUGGGCAUGGUUCAUUUGGAAAAGUUAAAAUUGCUGAGCAUGUUCAGACCAGAUAUAAAGUGGCUAUCAAAAUCCUCAACCGUCGUAAAAUGAAGAGCCCUGACAUGGAGGAAAAAGUGAGAAGAGAAAUUAAAAUAUGUAGAUUAUUCGUGCAUCCACAUGUGAUACGGCUUUAUGAGGUUAUAGAGACUCCAACUGACAUAUAUGUUGUCAUGGAAUACGUAAAGCAUGGAGAACUCUUUGAUUACAUCGUUGAAAAGGGUAGGUUACAAGAGGAUGAAGCUCGACGCUUUUUUCAGCAGAUUAUUUCAGGAGUGGAGUAUUGCCAUAGGAACAUGGUGGUUCAUCGGGACCUCAAGCCUGAGAACCUGCUUCUGGAUUCUAGGGGCAAUGUGAAGCUAGCUGAUUUUGGAUUGAGCAACAUUAUGAGGGAUGGACAUUUUCUGAGAACAAGUUGUGGGAGCCCAAAUUAUGCUGCUCCUGAGGUGGUUUCUGGGAAACUUUAUGCUGGCCCUGAGGUAGAUAUUUGGAGCUGUGGUGUUAUCUUGUAUGCUCUUCUUUGUGGGACUCUUCCUUUUGAUGAUGAAAAUAUUCCCAACCUCUUUAAGAAAAUAAAGAGUGGAUUGUAUACUCUUCCAAGUCAUUUGUCACCUGGAGCUCGGGACUUGAUUCCAAGAAUGCUGGUAGUAGACCCUAUGAAGCGGAUAACUAUUCCUGAGAUUCGUCGGCACCAUUGGUUCAAGGAUCGUCUUCCUCGCUAUUUAGCUGUUCAUCCACCUGAUGCAAGGGAACACUUGAAAAAGCUUGACGAGGAGAUCAUUCGAGAAGUACUGAAGAUGGGAUUUGAUAAAAACAUGCUGAUUGAGUCUCUUCAGAAUAGACUGCAAAAUGAUGCUACUGUUGCAUACUACUUGUUACUUGACAACCGGUCCCCCGUUUUCACUGGCUAUUUAGGAGAUGAAUUUCAGGAGUCCAUGGAGGCUUCUCCCACAGUAUUUUAUCCACAAGUUGAUACACCUGGCCUUGCUCAGGAUAGGAAUUUGAGACCCCCGUUUCCAAGACAGAAGCAGUGGCUUGUUGGACUUCAGUCUCCUGCACAUCCGCGAGAGAUAAUGACACAGGUUCUUGGAGUUUUCCAAGAACUCAGUGUUAGGUGGAAAAAGAUUGGGCACUAUAACAUGAAGUGCCUCUGGAUUCGUGGUUUUCAGCACCCUGAGAAUAUGAUCUAUAAUCAUAUGAACGCCAACCAUUACCCGGAUAAUGUUAUACCCAUCAAUUCCAACCUUUUACAGACUCGGGCUGUGGUGAAGUUUGAAAUUCAGCUGUACAAAACCAGCGACAAGAAGUACCUGCUCGAUUUGCAGAGACUUAGUGGCCCACAGUUCCUCUUCCUAGAUUUCUGUGCCACAUUUAUGAUGCAGCUUGAGGUUUCUUAG